AUGGCCCACUCGAACGCCGCGGAUCGAACCGCGAGUGUUAGCUCAAAAGGUAAUCAAAUUAAUUGGGAAGAGGGGGGGGGGUGUUAUUAUCAUAAAUAGGUAAGACCUAAAGCUGUUCUAGGGUAGAUCAAAUAUAAAUCUUUCUGAAAAUUUUAUUUUUGAAUUUCGCCAGUUCCAAUUUCCAUAAACCUCUAGGCUUUACCUAUUGAAAUAGGAUUAGAGUAGAUCAAAAAUAUUUCUCUCUUAAUCUAAGAAUUUAGUCAAGAAUUUUAUCGGUCCCAGUUUCACCUUCGAAAUUUCCAAAAGUCACUGUUCAAGUUAUCAUAAGCUUCAAAUUUUUAGGCCUAUCUGAAAAUUUAGGCAAACUUUUUCAAACAAAAAGUUUGACCAAGCUUUCACUAUUUCUAAGUUACCCUAGCCCCCCCCCUUGAGAGAAUUUCAUUCAAUGUUUUGAAAUUUGAUAUAUCAUCAUCCAAACAAUUUCAAAAUUUGUCCUAACUUACAAUUUGAAACAAUUUCAUAAUUCCCAUUGUUUUUACAGGAAAAUCUCAAAAUGAAUUGGAACGAGUUCCACUUCCAGAAAAGAAAGUGAUGUACACAUCAUGGCCAGAUAUGAUCAAACAUUGGCCCAAAACUACACUCUGUAUUGUCUCCAAUGAAUUUUGCGAACGAUUUUCUUACUAUGGAAUGAGAAGUAAGUGUGAACUUAGGGGUUGUUUAUCAAAAACAAACAAACAAAUAUUGUUAUAAUUAUUUCUAUCUUUAUUUUUACAUAUAAUGAUGUGCAAAAUGGCACAGAAUUGAUAAAAAACAAGUAGAGUGCAUUUUCAGCUGUACUCACUUUCUAUUUGCUCAAUGUACUUCGAUUCACUGAUUCACAAUCAACUAUUUUCUUCAAUGGGUUUACUGUUCUUUGUUAUACAACUCCUCUUCUUGGAUCAAUUAUCGCUGACGGUUAUAUUGGAAAAUUCUGGUAAUUUUUGUGGGAUGAAUAAAAAAUUAUCUGGUUUCAUGAGGGACUUGGGCUAUUUCCAAACUUUGAAAAUUUAAAAAAUGUAGAUUUUACCUAACCUUCUUCCCUUUCUUACAGUAGUCGUUUCUAGAUUUAUUCCAAUAAAAAAUCACGAGAAAAUUCCGAAAAUCUAAAAAACCACACAAACACAUCUAAUUAAUUUUCUUGACGUCUUUAAUUUCAUUUUCCGACUGUUGAUUUUGUUUGUUUUCUUAUAUUUCCUGGUUUUCGAUCUUUCUUUUUUCAAAAGAUCGGAAUUUUUGGAGGUUGAGAGAUUUUGAAAUAUCAGGAUUCGGAAUUCAGAAAAGACAAUUUUUAAAAUAUACAAUCAGACAGUUCGAAUUUUAAGAUUUUCAAAAAAUAUUUUUCAGUUACGAAAAUUGAGUUCAAAAAUUUUCAAAAAAUCAAAUCCUUCUCUGAAUAUGAUCCUAAAAUAAAAACAACUUUUCUAAUUCCAUUCACAAAUUCUAAACUCCCAUUCCAGGACAAUCUUCUCUGUAUCAAUUUUAUAUGCAAUUGGACAAGUUGUACUCGCAUUGGCUUCAACAAAAAAUUAUCAAUCAUCAGUCCAUCCGUAAGUUCCAACUCGAAAUUCUCAAUUUCACUUUCCAUGAUUAUUUUACGAAUAUUCCUGAUAAUUUACACAAAUCUGAUAACACUCACAAAAUAUCGCGACAUGUAAGAUAAGAAAAAUGCCACAAGAAAUUCUUGUACUGAUUACGAGACAAAGUUUAUUAUUAUAUUCUUUUUUUGCACAGAGGGAGAAAAAACGACUAGGGGUCGUAAAAUUUUUUUAUAUGGAACAAAAACACAGGAGCAAAAAAGUUUUUUCUAGAUGGAUGGAUUUGAGUGGUUUGCUGAUUAUUGCUUUUGGUACUGGUGGAAUUAAACCAUGUGUAUCAGCUUUUGGAGGAGAUCAAUUCGAGUUAGGACAGGAAAGAAUGUUAUCACUUUUCUUCUCAAUGUUCUAUUUCUCAAUCAAUGCUGGAUCUAUGAUUUCCACAUUCAUUUCUCCAAUCUUCAGAGGUUCGACUUUUUUAUCAUCAUUUUUCUUAUCGAACUAUGUAGUUUUCGGUCUCAUAAAAUCGAAACAAAAGAGCAUUUUUUGGGUGGACUUGAUGUGAACAAAAUACUUUUUCGGAACAUUUUUAGUGCAAGAGAAUAUUGAUUACAAAAUUGGAAAUCGGGCUUUCGGGUGUAGAAUUGAGGGAUCAGGAAAUAGGAAUCUGAUUGGACCGGUUAAAAAUAUGGGAAUUUGACCAAAGGGUGUUUCGAACCGUACCUUCGAUUUUUGAAAAAAAAAUUAGAAGUAUAGAAAGAUAUUUGAAAGUAUAAAUAAAAUAUUCAGAUUCUGAAAACUGAUCCAAUUUUCAUAUUUAAAAACCCUAACUGAUUCAAUUUUUCCAGCUCAACCAUGUCUUGGCCAAGAUUCCUGUUAUCCCCUCGCUUUCGGUGUCCCAGCAGUUUUGAUGAUUAUCGCAACUUUGGUUUUCAUGGGAGGUUCUUUCUGGUAUAAAAAGAACCCACCAAAGGAUAAUGUUUUCGGUGAAGUUACUAGACUUAUGUUCACCGCUGCAGGAAACAAAUUCUUCAAAGAAUCGACUCCAAAAUCUCACUGGUUGGAGCAUUAUUUGACAACUCAUGAUUGUUCAAAGGAUGAAAAGUUGGUCAAAAACGGCGGAAUCUUUAUUUUAAUUUUUUGUUUUCAGAUGUAUUGAACUUCAACAACUCAAACGCAACAAGAAACUUUGUCAAAAGAAAAAAAUUCAUCGAAGAUGUUCGUUCACUUCUCCGAGUUUUGGUCAUGUUCUUGCCAGUUCCAAUGUUCUGGGCACUUUACGAUCAACAAGGUUCAAUCUGGCUUAUUCAAGGAAUUCAAAUGGAUUGUCGUCUUACUGAUUCAGUUUUGGUUCUUCCGGAUCAAAUGCAAACUUUGAAUGCGGUUCUUAUUCUUAUUUUCAUUCCACUUUUCCAAGUUAUCAUCUAUCCACUUGCAAGCAAAUGUAUCACUUUAACGUAUGUUUUGUUUUUGGGAGGGGCUCAAAAAAUAUGUUGCUCUAAGUCUGUCAUGGAAAAUUUUCUUCCAGACCUCUCCGGAAAAUGGUAGCUGGUGGACUUUUGGCCUCACUUUCAUUCUUGAUCACCGGAUUUGUUCAACUUCAAGUUAACGUAAGUGUUUAUUGAAAACACAUCAGAAAAAAAAACAAAAAAAAUUUCAGACAACUUUGCCAAAUCUUCCAGUACAAGGUCAAUCAUUUGUCAGUUUCUGGAAUCAAUUUGACACCAACUGCGCUUUUGAUGUUUCCGAUGGAACUACAACAAAAACUCUUGGAAGAAAUAUGGUAAAUUUUUUCUACCAGAAACAGGAUACCAAUUCAAAAUUAAAUCAUUUUCAGACACUCCACGAGGACAAAAAUGAUAAAUCAGGACUCUAUCAACAAUUCACAACCAAAGCUGGGAAAUCAAGCACAAAUGAUUGGACAACAACAUACACAAUCACUUAUAAAACAGGAUGCCCAACUACUCAAUCAGUCAAAUAUACAGUUAAUGCUAAGAGCAAGAAGAUUGUCUAUGUUGCUGUUGGAAAAUUCGGAAUUUAUCAAAGUAUUGCUGCCACUGAUAAACCAACUGACGGAACUGGAGAAUUCUCGAUGGGGUGAGUGGCUGGGCUCAACAAAUGAUCCUGGGGACCUUUUUUCAAAAUUCUAUAUUCAAAAAAAUUUGAAGACAGGGCCACUUUUUCAAAAAUAAAAAUUUCAAAUGUCUGAAUUGGGGCCCAUUUUAAAAUAAGUUCCGAAUUUUGAAACCCAUUUUUUCCAGAAUUGUCACUGCCACUGAUACCCCAUGGUCUGGAAACUUUGCCAUGUGUCGUUUAGACGCCAGCGACUUCGACGCAAAUCAUCCAUGUAACCCAAGAGCCCCAGCUGAUUUCUACUACUGGCAAACAAACUACAACGACAAUACUGAUGAUCGUGAUGGUAACGUAACAGUUACCGGAAGAGCAUUCCCAGCCACAGUUUACACCAACAAACCAGUGAAACCAGGAAAGUGGGGAUUGUAUUAUAUGGAUAACACACCGAAAGAUGUUCAUCGUCAGACUUAUAACAAAACUGCUGUUAUUGUGAGAGCAACUGGAAUUACCACUGAAAUUUAUGCUCAAGGAGGUGUUUAUGUUUAUGGUCUUACUGGAGAUAUUGUAAGUUAUUAAGCUUUGGAGCCAAAUCAAAAAUGCUCAAUUUUCAGAACAAACCAACUGCUCAUGUCUUCCAAAGUGUUCAAUCAAACUCCGUCUCGAUCUUAUGGCAAAUCCCACAGAUUGUCGUCAUCACAGCUGCUGAAAUCCUCUUCUCAAUCACAGGUUACGAAUUUGCUUAUUCUCAAUCAGCCCCAUCAAUGAAAGCGCUCGUCCAAGCUUUAUGGUUAUUGACAACCGCUUUUGGUGACACAAUUAUUGUUAUCAUCACAAUUUUGAACUUGUUUGAAAAUAUGGCUGUUGAAUUCUUCGUUUAUGCUGGUGCUAUGACUGUCGUUAUUCUAAUCUUUGCUCUUUUAUCAAUCUUCUAUUAUGAAUAUAAUUAUUAUACAACUGACGAAGAUGAUGAUGAAUAUGGAGCUGAUGAUUUAGAAGAAAUAGAACAUUCGACAAGAUAUUCAAUCGAUAAUAAGGCUUUUGAUGCUGAUGAAGCUGAAAUUAUCGAUGUUCGACUUUAA